AUGGCAACUCGAAGGCUUCCUGCUUUGAAAGCUCUCGGGCCAACCAGAGUAUGGUCCUCAGCUACAUAUACACAUGCAAGAUGGCCAUAUCAACCGAUUCGUCGUACAUUUUCUAUGACAUCUAGUCCUGCUUUUGCAUCCAAGGGAACUAUAAGCUCACAGGUAGAACCUGUGGAUCACUCUGAUUUAGCAUCUGGAAAAUCCUCAUCGACUUCUCCUUCCAAUUCAUCUACCUCCCCCUCCUCCACCUCAUCAUCGAGUGCGGCCAGUGACAUUCCAGCCCCGGCAGAUUGGGAAGAGAAUCCGAACUACAACAUCGAAAAAUUCUCGGAACUACCCCAUACUAAUUUCGGAGUCAAUCAGCAUAUGGUCAUCAAUGAUGAAUUUAAAGAAGCCUUGAGGCAAAUUUUAUGGCAGUUCAGAGCUCCCAUUAGAUAUGCAUUUGCAUAUGGAUCCGGCGUCUUCCCUCAGUCAAAGCACACGAAUGCGAAACCUUCAAGUAUCACAUCCAUCCAUUCGAAACCACCUCCUGCGAUUGUUGAUCAACAAGGGGGAGCUCCUAAGAUGAUCGACUUUAUAUUUGGUGUAUCGUAUAGUCAACAUUGGCAUUCCCUGAACUUAAAUCAACAUCGAGAUCAUUAUUCGGCGCUCGGUGCUCUCGGAUCAGGGGCUGUCACGGCUGUGCAAGAGAAAUGGGGCGCUGGUGUCUAUUUUAAUCCAUACGUCACAGUCAAUGGAACCCUUAUUAAAUAUGGCGUCGUUAAUCUGGAUACAAUGUGCACCGAUCUCUCUGAGUGGACGACACUGUAUCUUGCGGGACGAUUGCAAAAGCCUGUCAAAAUUCUCCGGGAUGACGCGAGAGUUCGUCUCGCAAACCAGGUCAAUUUAAUCUCUGCUUUACGAACGGCCCUUCUACUUUUACCCCCUGAAUUUAGCGAACAAGAACUAUAUGGUACCAUCGCGAAUAUCAGUUACCUGGGCGACCCGAGAAUGGUUUUACCCACAGAGGAUCCGUCAAAAGUAGCCAACAUUGUGGGAAAUAACCUUCCCCACUUCCGUCGUCUAUAUGCUCCUCUUAUUGAUAAUCUUCCUAAUGUCAACUUCAACGAUGCCAAGUGCUCCGAUCCAGAAUGGGCAUCUGAUCCAUCAACGAACAUACGGCUGACUCAAGAUAUGGACCCGAUUCGAAGGGGCAAUAUGGUGAGACGGUUGCCAAAAUCUUUCCGAUCAAAGCUCUAUUUCCAAUAUCAGAAGAAAUACCAAAUACCUCGGCUAGAAUUCGAUGAAAUGCUUGAGGCCUCGCGUGAUGAAGAUGGCACGAGAAUUAAUAGGAGAGAAGGAGGUGGAUUCGAAAGAAGGAUUGCCCGUGAGCCGCCAGAAGAUCUAAGAUCCGAAGUAAGGAGUGUAAUAAAGAACACAGUCGGAUGGCCUAGUACGAGCCAGACUUUGAAGGGACCUUUUACAGCUGGAUUGAGUCGAACUUGGCGGUACAUGAGUGAGAAGAUAUCGAAGCAUUCGGAAGGGAAAAGGAGAGCUGAGGAGGUGGCAAAGGAAAAGAAACAAGACUGA